CCUACAAAAAGCAAAAGAGAUUUACAAUAUAAGUACUUACUGUUCUAGAAUCUAAAAAAAGCCAGAAGGUACAUUAAUGCAAGUGAAUAAGAGUGAUAUCAUAGAAUACAUAAAAGUACAAGUGACAUUUUGUGUACGAAGAGUCUCCCAGGAUAUCUGGCUGCUGUUGUGAGAAGUUGCAGUACUUUCAGGCGGAUGAGACGUUCGUUAUGUAAAAAAAUACUGAAUCAAAGUGUAGCUAUGUUACCUACUGAAUAAAGAAAUUCUCGAAUUUGAAUAGGUUACCUAAGUGAAGAUAUAGACGUAUUUACUGCAUUAUAUUCUUAAGAAAUUGUUCGGUAAGUAGGUAGGUUGUAUGUAUUAUGAGCUAUAACUAAUUUUAAAAUUCUGGAUAUAUACCUACGAGUCAGUAUGUGUGCAAGAAUAAACUUAAGUAGGUAGUUCUUUUACACAUGAGAACGUAGCUCAGAUAAAAAUAAGGACUGAAACUGCUUGUAAGUACUGGUUGACUAAGUCGCAACUACAUAGCUAAUUAAACAUACCUAGCUGGCUAGAAGUGUGUGUGUGUGCGUGUACUAUACACCUCGGAGAUAUAGGUAUGGCGUGCUGCCCAUAUGGGCAUAUGGGUAUGGGUGUUAAGGACCCUGUAUACAGGUCUGUUAGUGACAUUAACGAAAACUUUGAGGGAUGAUUCUGAUUGAUUUUUUUCGAACAUAGGGAGCCUCAGUAUUCGUUACGAUGUCACUAACAGCCUGUAUGUUAUGUUGAUUAAGCAGUUACUUUCCAUUGAAUAGAGUAACUAAAAUAGAUAAACGAAAUGUACAAGUUAACAAACCCCAUAUUAUAAAAUACUUGUAACUACCUACUUAUAUUAGUUUUUUGUCUCGUCAUUUCCAAAUAAACAACAAUCGAACAAAAACAUCUAAACUUGUCAAAUUAAGAACACUAUCCGCUUAUCUGUAGGGUCGUAAACUUUAGCCCAUAAAAGAUAGUUGUUAUCAGUAUUAUGUAAGAUUAUGGCUGACAAUGCUCUGUUAUUCCAACUUUGCCGGUUAAAGCGUAAGGGUGUUACGUGAACAUAAGAAGUGAUAAAGGAUAAGAAUUUUGAGGAUUAAGUCAAUAUAAAAAGUAAUCAGAAAUGGAAGGCAAGCCGAUAACUAAGAAGAUCAUCAACUCCCCUGAGACGUGUGUCGCUGACAAUCUGAGAGGAGUAGUGGCUACCUACCCCGCUUUGCAGCUGCACCCGAAGCACAGAGUCGUUACCGUUAGAAGAAAGACUGAUUCAGGAAGAGUAGCAGUCCUUGGCGGAGGCGGUUCAGGACACGAGCCUUUUGCAGGAGGUUUAGUGGGGUCCGGCAUGCUAGACGGUGCUGUCGCUGGCGGAGUCUUCGCCUCUCCACCCACCGGCCAUGUAUUGUACGGAAUAGCUCAACUUUACAAGUAUAACUCUGGAGGAGUCAUCGUGAUAAUUGGAAACUACACCGGCGACAGAUUGAACUUCGGUAAAGCUAUCGAGAAAGCGAAGAUCUCGGGGAUCAAGGUUGAAGGUCUCAUAGUCGGUGAAGAUGUGGCUUCUAGUAAAAACAAAACUGGCGGACGCAGUAUGUGUGGAGAAGUGUUCUUCUACAAGUUAUGCGGAGCUAUGGCUGAUAAAGGUUUCGAUUUGAAAACCAUGAAGGACAUUGCUGCUGAAGCCAACAAGUACAUGGCCACUCUUGGAGUCUGUUUGAGUGCUUGUUCUUUGCCAGGUCAGCCCCCGUUAUUUGAGAUAGCUCGCGAUGAAAUGGAACUGGGUGCUGGAGUCCACGGCGAGGCUGGCAUUGAGAAGCUUAAGAUGGGAACGGCUAAGGAAGUAGUUCAGAUGAUACUGGAUAAGGUAGUUGCUCACCUGAAAUUGACAGCAGGCAACAGAGUGGCUGUGAUGAUCGAUAACUUAGGAGGCACUUCCUUCCUCGAGAUGAACAUUAUUGCUGCUGAGACUAAAGACUAUCUAGAAUCUAAACAAAUAACAGUGGAACGCAUAUUCUCGGGACACAUGAAGACAUCUCUAGAGAUGCACGGCUUCCAAAUAUGUCUGCUUCAUCUGAACAAGCAGCAUGGGGACUUAUGGCUGGAGUUGUUGGAUGCCCCAACCAAUGCUGUGGGCUGGUGUGGUGGCGCGCAGUCUGUGAAGACAGAGGGUGGUCACGGUGACGAUGAAACGCUGCUUCAGACUCACAGUCGAAAGUUGACGACGGGCCCAACUCUGUCAGCCAAAGAACAAGAGAUACUCCGCGGAAGUUUACAGGCGGCGGCUGAUGAGCUGGUGAAGAAUGAGGGCUUGUUGAACAGGCUGGACUCCGGCUGCGGGGACGGUGACUGUGGCAAUACGCUGAAGAAGUUUGGAUUAGCCAUCCAGUCGUACUUAAAGACAGCAUCAGCGGAGUAUCUCUCGAAUGUUUUGUGGGACCUGUCUGAGAUGGCUGAGACGGACAUGGGAGGAACAUCUGGGGGGAUCUACAGCCUGGGGUUGUCAGCUGCCUCGCAGACCGUUGCCAAUGGAAAGACCAACAACGUAGCGUUAUGGCUAGAAGCAUGGGAGAGCGCUAUGCAAGCCAUCACCAAGUAUGGAGGCGCUGAGCCAGGGGACAGAACUAUGCUGGACACACUAUACCCAGCAGCGCAGGUUUUCAAACAGAACCUGAGUGGCGACUUCAAGGUGUUGCUGAAGAAGACAGUUGAAGCGGCAGAGAAAGGGGCAAAGGCUACAGCCAAUAUGACUGCUAAGGCCGGCAGAGCAUCGUACGUGGCGAGUGGAUACACGCAGGAUGAAGAUGCGGGUGCGCGCGCAGCCGUUAUCUGGCUGCAAGCUAUACUCAACUAUAUUCACAAUAAAUAUUAGAACCAUAUUUGUA